AUGGCGAAGAAGGGAAAGAAGCAACUGAUGUCUUCAGCGCCAUGGAGAGGCGAAGACGAAUCCGAACAAUUCCCUGACGCUAACCUCAAAGUCACCCGUCAACAGGAUGAUACUUCCACUAUGCAUGUUCCUCGCUCCAAAUCCAGCAAUCACAAUCAUGAUGAUGAUUUCAUUGAAAUUGAUCCAGAACUUCGCUACAGUUUCCAACGCAAUUUUCAGUUUAUUCAGCGAGUUUUUAGCAUUGACACUGUGGUGAAGCCUCUCCCACCCGUCAUGGCUUACAAUGUCUCUCGCAACUUGAACUUCUUCACGCGCAUUUUCACUCAAUUCUUUGAUCCUGAAGGCAUUGCAGCUGCCCAGAAAUCCAUGGGCAUGGGACAGGAAAACAGAGACCGCAGAGUUCGUUGA